AGUUCUCUCUCUAGGACACAGUCUCUGGCACAAUGUUGGCAUUGCAAGGUGCACAGAUGCUACAGAUGCUGGAAACUUCCUUGAGGAAAUGCCUUCCGGAAUCCUUAAAGGUUUUUGGGACUGUCUUUCACAUCAAUCACGGAAACCCAUUCAACUUAAAGGUCCUGGUGGAUAAGUGGCCUGAUUUCAACACUGUGGUUGUCCGCCCCCAGGAGCAGAAUAUGACAGAUGACCUCGAUCACUACACCAAUACUUACCACAUCUAUUCCCGGGACCCCAAAACCUGUCAAGCAUUCCUGGAUUCUCCAGGAGUCAUCAACUGGAAACAGCACUUGCAGAUUCAAAGCUCACAGAACAGUCUGAACGAGGUGAUACAAAACUUCUCAGCCAUUAAAUCUUUCAAAAUCAAACGCUCAGAAAGCUUUCUGUAUAUGACAGCUGAAACUGCUGGGAAACUCAUCCCUUCCCUGCUGGAUGUAAAGAAUUUACCACCCACUGGUGGCAAGCCCAAGCCCAUCAACCGCGAGAAGUUCAAGCUCACAUCUCUGGAUGUUGCCCAUGCUUCCUUGGUGAAUAAAUUCUGGUAUUAUGGUGGGAAUGAGAGGAGCCAGAGAUUCAUUGAACGCUGCAUCCGGACCUUCCCAACCAGUGGUCUGCUGGGGCCAGAUGGCAGGCUUGUGUCCUGGGACCUGAUGGACCAGACUGGAGAAACACGAAUUGCAGGCACCUUACCUGAGUACCGGGGUCUGGGCCUUGUCUCCCACACUGUCCACGCCCAGACUGUUGCCAUGGAAAAACUUGGUUUUCCUGUCUACUCUCACACAGACAAGGACAACAUAGCUAUGCAAAGAAUGAGCGACAAUCUGCACCAUAUCCUCAUGCCGUGUUCCUGGAACCAGUGGAUCUGCAUGCCGAUGUGAAGCCAGCCCUGGACUCAUGAGCUGAGAAUAUGUAGGGAUCCAUCUACAGUAGUGGAUAAACAGAGCAAACAAUGAAUAAAUCAUUGUAAG